AUGAGCUCGGGCCCGGCGCCCGCGCCGCCGGCCCGCCGGGCCCGGCCCAAGUCCACAUCCGACGCCUGCCUGGAGCAGUGGCGGGUGCUGGAGCCGGGCGAUGCGCAGGACUGGACCGUGUCACUGCUGUCGCAGAGCCGCAACCGGCAGCCCCUGGUGCUGGGCGACAACUGCUUCGCCGACCUGGUGGAGAACUGGAUGGACCUGCCGGAGGUGGGCGCCGAGCCGCGGCGCCUGCCCGCCGCCGAGCCCCCCCGCUGGCUCGGCAAGCCCCACGGCUUCCUGCUCAACCUCUCGGGCAACGUGCGCCGCAAGCUGGCCAGCAUGGCCCGGCCCCGGGCGGCCGACGGAGCCCGCCGCGACGCCUCCAAGCGCCUCUCGUGCCCGCUGGCCCUAGGCGCCCAGCCCAAGGGCACCUACUUCCACCAGUCCCACAACAACCUGGCGCAGCUGGCCACGGACUUCAACCGCUUCACGGCCCUCAUGAACAGCCGCAGCCGCCAGCCCAUCAUCUGCAACGACGUGAUCGGCUACAUUUAGCGC